CUCAAGAAUGAUGGAGGGGAUCCCUUCUGAAGAUUUCUCCGAGGUUGGCGGCCUUCCGCCUCCGCCGGGUCUAGAUAUCGACUCUCUAGAAAUCAAAAGGCGCAGUCCUACCUCUCCUGCCAAACAGAUUGUUGCUUCAGGAGCUCCAACUCCGUCUAGUACAGCGACAACUACUGUACCUUCAUCUUCUAACAAGAUCUCGAACUCUUCUUGGAACCAGGGAAGCUCUACUGCUGAAAAUUCAGGUUUAGCACGCGUAGAAGAGGAAGUCGACUCCAGCAGCAGCGACGAUGGUUUGGAAUCAUUGCUGAAUAGACGCUUAGAACAAUCCACAAGGGCUCGACUGGGACGUCAUGAACUCGCAAGUGCAACUACUGUAGAAAAGCAAAGUCUUGCUGAUCGUAGUACUACCAGAAGAAGGAGUUUUGUCGCGGAAAAGAAAUCUUCAAAGACGAGAGUAAAUGAAGAAGAUGAAUCUUCAGAAGCAGUGAAAAUUGCAGCAAAAUCGGGAAGUGACCUAAGCGAAAUUCUGAAAAGAGUGCUGGCGCAUAGAGGAGAUGGAGGAGAAGCGUCUUCACUGCAUGCCUACAAGCCUCCAGGAACAAACUAUAAACAAGGCUCCAGUAGUACUUUGAACAUCAAUGACUUGAUUGGAAGUAGUGAUCCCUCUGCGAGAGAUUUUAUCAGCAGUGGUAGCACGCGCAUCGGAUUUAGUGGGAGUUCGUCGUCGUGUAGUAGCAGUGCAGCAGGUGAUGGUCGUGGCUCGUCUAGCGCUUUUCGCAAUCGAACACCAGAGGUUGAACCCUCUUUGGCGUUUCGCAAGAACGGUACAUCGAAUUACACACUCGAUCACCAUUUUGCGGAAGACAGGAUGCUGCAGACAAUCAUGUCAAGUCGAAGUGGGGACAGUAGUGGCACACCAGCAGAGGGAUACACUUCAUCAAGCGGUGGUGUUCAGGAACAAGACCAUGAGAACCAUGCGAACGACGACCUUUUGAUGAUGACCUCCAACAAGAUCAAUCAAAGUCAUGCGAGCGCGGAAGCAUCUUCAUCUUCCAGCACCAUGUUCGCACGUCCACGUGAUCCAGAUCGCAAAUUUCGUCGGCCUAUGACUCCUCCAGGAGUUCAGGAACAAGCAACUACUGAGAAUGCUCCAAUCUCAGCAUCACCAGCCUCUGGUGUUCCACGGUUGACUCUUCGUCUGGUCGAUAAAAUGAGAGCACACGAUAAAGCUGCUUCAUCUUCCUCUCCUGGAAUCACUGCAGCGAUUGCUGAAAAACCCUUUCCCGAUCAACUACGCAGUGGCACCACAAGUGAUCCUCUACUUACGAGUUGUACCACUUCUUCUAGUCUUUCCCUUUCGGCUUCCACCAAGAAGAAAUUUAAUGACAAGUCCUGUUCAUCUACUUCCAGACGUCCAGUAUUCUUUAUUCGUGGGGGUGGAAGAGAGGGACUUCGCAGUACAUCAAUUCCAAAGGCAACUGCAAGUCGAGUUGGAGGUGAGGUGACGUCCAUUCCCAUUCCUGAAGAGGACAUUCCGAACUUCGGCGAAGCAGGUCCACAGCACAGGCCCCACCGAAAAGCACGAGCUAUGCUUGCGGCUAGCGUUGGCGUUCCGUCAGCGAAGAAAUUCAAAAAUGGUCCAGUGAAGAACAAGGAUCAAGGAAACAAGACGACGAGUUCGACUUCUAAAGGGAAGCAGUCGUCCCAGCCGUACACGACGACAAAGCAGAUAAACAAGAAGGAAGAACAAGAAGUAAAUUACAAUCCACCUCCAAGAAUUCAUCAACAGGCUUCUAGUAAAGAAUCAUCCUCUAGCAGCGUAUCAGAGGGCGGAUUGGCCUUCAAACCUCGCCCAUCAUCAGGAAGUAGUACUAGACGGUCUAGUGAUCUGCUUUCUUCAGGACGACGUACUAGUGACGUAAAGAUUUCUUCGGCCGAUCGCUGUUCACCUUUUUUAUCUUCUUCUGCCAGCAGACCAUCUGCAUCUUCAAAGGACACGAAGACACAACCUCUCAAGAAAAACUCCUAUUUGUCCGCGGACAAGAAUAAAAGCAGCAUCGACCACACCUCGGUCAUGCGGCGGCAUCUUACUACUAGUUGUACCAGUACGAUAAUAAAGCCUGUAGAAGUUCUCGUCCAAGACGCGUCUUCUGGCUUCCUCGGUCGGGGUCGGGUCUUUGCUCAAGUCGUCGUUGCACCAAAGGAGGACACAGUUGAAGAAGCUAAAAAAUUCCAAUUUGGAGAUUUGGGUCCCCUCACGGCAUCGUUAUCAAGAAGCAAGGAAACUAUCGACCAAACACAACACCAGGUGAAUGGGCGGGCUUCGACUACGACUACUUCUUCUUCA